CUACGACAAAGAUGGCCACCUCGUUGGAAAUAUCUACGAAGGUUCCGGAUAAAAAAUUUGACACAUACGGAUACAUUGCUAUCAAACUAUGUCGUGCAAAACUAUACACAUGAAAUCAAGUUAUUUAGUCAUUAGUUACUGAUAAUUAAGAAAGUGAAAAUCCAACAGAGAAAGGUUGUCCUUGUUUUAGGAACGUGCGGUUUCUUUUUUUUUUUUGCUUGUAUGUAAACAUGUUGCUUAUACUGAAUAUUACAGAGAACAGGUGGGUUCAACUUGUUGACAGUUUUGGAAAAAUGAACACUUUUUUUAUUUUCACUUAACUACUUACUGCUUAACAAUGGAAGCUACUUGAUCUGUUAAAGAGUUGAACAGGUUUUUAAAAAAUAAUUAAUGUACAGACUACAGUACUCAGUAGUCUAACAAUUAAGUAGAGCUACAAAAUACAGUAUUUAAAAUGGAGCAGAUAAGACGAGUUGGUAUGUACAGAGAGAGUCCUGGUUCGGACAUUGUGAAGCAAGGAUACCUUAAAAAGUUAAAGACUGGUCAUCUAUCCUGUUACUGCUCUGGACGUCUCUCCUGUUACAGCUUUCGUACUAUGAAGAAGAAAUUCUUCGUACUGCGAGCCACAAGCAGCAGUGGGCCAGCAAGACUUGACUAUUUUGACAGUGAGAAAAAAUUUAAAACAAGUCAUCCACCAAAGAAAUCUUACCAGCUCCACACCAUUUUCAACAUAAACAAGAAAAUUGACUCGAAACACAAGCAUGGGAUAGCAGUUUUCUUGCCAGCAGAAUGCUUCUCUGCGUUGGCCGAAAGUCAGGAUGAACAAGAAGAUUGGAUAAAUAAGAUGCUUGAAUAUCAGAAUGAAUAUUUACCACAAGAUGAAGAACCUAGAGUGCAUUAUGACUAUGUUUGGCAAGGUGUGAUAAAGCACAAAUCCCCAAAUUCCUGUCCCAAGAUCUCUGGUGCAUAUCGUCUCUGUCUCUCAGAAAAAGCUGUGUCCCUUGUCAAGCUGUCAGAGUAUAAACCAUCGUACCAAUUUCAGUUCUCCAGUAUACGUAAAUGUGGUGCACAUGAGCACUUAUUCAUGAUGGAAGUGGGACGGAGUGCAGUGACAGGCGUCGGGGAAAUUUGGCUAGAAGUAGAGGGUAGUCAUGCUGCACAGAACAUGCAUGAUGUUAUUCUGUCUGAGAUGGCAGCAUCCAGGGCAGCAGAGGAUCCAUUCCGUCGUCGUAGCAACACAAGUACCUCUGCCAUAUCUCACAGUGGUGAAACAUACAAGAGGAAGCGAGCAACAAGUGAAAGUCAUCAUCAUCAUCCUCCAGGAAGUCCACGGAAAAAUAGAGCAUUAUAUGCUCAGCAGAGGCCGCAGUCAACUGUUGUCUAUUCCACUUACUCACAGCCGAGAAAUUCACAGCUAGCCAUAGACUCCCAGAUACCAUUGGGAAGUAGUCCCAGUGCAUUUGAUCCGUCAUUCCUUGAUGAACCUAGGAUGCGGUCUGACAGUAUGGGAUCACGGAGCUCCCGCUGUAGCAGAAUUUCUGAUGUUUUGGAUCAUCCAUAUGAAAACACUAAUCCAAACACUCCAGUAAUCUCUCCUGAAGGAUCUUUUGUAAGUGCAAGAUCGAUGACCCCAGAAGCAUCUCAGUCCAUAACAGAAGAAGAUCUGAGUGAAACAGAGCCAUACCUCCCCAUGACUCCAGCUCAUAGGUCAGUGACCCCUUCACCAACUAGAAGCCAGGUGGAAAGAGGUGGAGAUUAUUUACCAAUGGUCCCAGGUCAGCCUGAAAAAUCACAGAAUGACUACCUACCAAUGAACCCAGGUCAGGAUGAAAGGACAGAUGAUUAUUUGUCUAUGACCCCAGGUCAGUCUAUGACCCCUGGUCAUAGGUCUGGUUCACCUUCUCCUACAAUAUUCGGUGAAAAAUUUGCAGGUUCAAAUAGUCAGACUGGAGGUGGAUACAUGGACAUGAGGCCAGGAAGUGGUGCUGUUGCCAGUAGUCAGGAAUCUUACAUGAAUAUGACACCACCCAAAUCAUCAUCUGGUAGUGGGGGUUAUAUGGAUAUGACCCCAACAACACCCCCUGUUCAUAGCAAUAAUGGAUAUAUUGAUAUGAAUCCUGGACAGCGGACUCCAACAGAUCCAGGACCAGGCUAUGUGAUGAUGGAUGGAGCAUGGGUGCGUACAACUGCCCCAAUACCUAUAAGAGUGAACAAGGAACCAGGUUACAUGGAUAUGGGACCUUCAAGUCAACCACUUCCUACUGUAAAAGAAAGUGGAAGUGGAGAAGCUUACCUACCUAUGUCUCCAAGUGGUCAAGGUAUAAUCUCAAGCGAGGGUCUGAAACCAGUCAAAGUCAUUAGCUACCUCUCAGAUGAUUCUAUGUCAGGAGAAUUACCUAAACGAGCGUAUUCAGUUGGCAGCAGGCCGAUUUCGAAGCCAACAUUGAGGUAUCGUCAGCCCCAGGAGAUCUUACGCCAUCAGCCACUGGACAGCAGCAAAAGCUCUAGUGCCCCACAUCUGAUUGUGCAGAAAUCACGUUCACAAUUUAUGGAUUCUGGCCAUAGGAAUCACCAUGAUGGAUAUAUUGCUAGUCCAUUGAGCCAGUCAGUUAAAUCAGAUGAUUCAGAUAGUUUUGCUGAAAUGGAGUUUUAUCGUCCAAGAACUGCAAGUGAUAGUUAUGGUUGUCGUCCUCGCUCUUCCAGUUUUGGAAAACAGUUAAUGCCUCAGGGUCAUAGACCAAGGUCAUCUAGUUAUGGACAAGGAGCAAAAGGAACAAUGAGCAAACUAGCAGCAGGUUUUAGACAGGAUUCUUUUGACUCUGUACGCACUACUUCACAGGAGCUGUCUAGUAAACGUUCACAGGAAUCCCUUGGAAUUUUGUCAAGUUCUUCUCGAAAUUCUUCAAGUGACUCUUUAAAAAAACUUUCAGAUGGAUCACAUAGUAAGAAAGGUUCAGAGAAUGGUGAAUAUAUGGACAUGAAUUAUGAUAAAUGUAAAACACCCUCCCCUAAUGUACAAGGAGUAGUAUCUCCAAAAAAGGAUACUACAGGUUAUAUGGAUAUGUCUUUAGGUUCAGCUGUGUCAAAAUCUCUUUCAAGAGGCAUGUCUCCAUGCUCUUCUACCCACAGUUUGCCAAGUUCUUCUACCCACAGUUUGGGGUCAUCACCAGCCUCUGUGGGGCAUGGACACAGCCACACUGAUCGUAGUCAAGGUGCCAAAGUCAUUACACCUUCAGGAAAAGUUAUAUCACAGAAGCAUACCUACAAAGCCCCUGCUCCAGUUUCAUCAGAAAACCAGCUUAAAGUUGUGACAUCACGUUUAAAGAAGGGAGAUAAAAGAUCACCAUCAAGUUCUGGAAAAGAGUCAGAAGAUGAGAGUUAUGUCCCUUUUCAGCCAAGUCAAACAGUAAGCUCAAGUUCCUAUGAUGACUCGUCUUCAAUAUUACACAUGAAAAAUCCGUAUGAGUUUAUGCCAAAAUCACAUCCUGGACUCAAAAUUCAACAUGGUUAUAGUAAAUCUCAUGACUCUGGUGUAAGGAGUCCAGAGUCUAGUGCUACAAAGCUAACUGUAAACCCUGAAAAAACAAAAGGAAAAAAAGAAAGUAAAACAAAAACUGAAGAACAAAUUAAUAAAUCUAAAUUGAAGAGAGAAAAAGAUAUAAAGAAUAAGGAAAAGAGUAGUCCUAAGUUUGACAGACAGAAAAGCUACACUUUAAAAGAAGAACAAGUUGUCUCAGGACAGAGUCCAACUAUAGAACGUACAUUGGCAUUUAUGCCAGAUGAUGACAUUUUUUCAAAUAAAAUGUUCAAAUCAAAUGGAUCACAGGUCAAAAGUUCUGUGACAACACUUUCAGAUACAUUUGGUAAGAAACCUGAUGACAGUUCUUAUAUGGAGUAUCUUCCUGGAUUUGAAGAAAGUGUAGAUAAAACUAAAGGACCUGUGAAAGCAUCUCCAUCUAAACAGUUUAUACACAGAGAAUAUUGUGAAAUUGAUUUUCCAGACAAAUUAGAAAGUUCAGAAAAGACAAAAGAAACCAGAGCUGUUUCUGGUUACAUGGAAUGUGACCCAGCUAUUCUGAAACAAUCUGUUUCUUCUGAAUCUAGUCCAGCAAAAGAAAAAUGUAUAGGGUCAGUAAAGCAUAAUGAAUCUGGUUCAUUUAAAGACAAAAAGAAAGAUUCAACCUCCCAGCCAGAUUCUAGUAUUGUUAAAGAAUCGAGGAAAGAGUUGAAUGAUGAUUUCUCUUACAUUGACUUUGAUCCAGUCACUGAGAGAAAGGUUGAAAAUGAAAAGCAAAAGCAAGAAUCUGUAAUGUCACCACAGAGAGUAUUAUCUUUUCUUGCACAUUCUUUAUCAGUUGAAGAAAAGGUGGAUAAAGAAUCAGACAUGACGAAAGGUAGUCAUGAAGCUUUCAUUGGUGUUGAUGAAAAGAAACUAACUGAAUGUGAUCAAGAAUGUAAAGUCGAAAAUGUUUGGAUAAAGCAAACUGUAGAGAACACUAGACCAUUUCUUGAUAAGACUGAAAUAAGAAAAUGGGAAAAUGUUGCCAGUAUUAAAGGUGAAAGCUGUAGUGAAGGACCUGCUGUACCAACUGAAAAGGAAGUCAGUCAACUGUGUCAAAAUGUAAAUGCAAGUAAAAAAGGUGAAAGGUCUGUGUUAGGUGGUAAUAAAGAGAAUGAAAUAGAAAAUGAUAAUAAAACAGUAGACAUUGACAAGGAUGGAGAGGAUGAGGAAUUUAAGAAGCAGGGUGUAAGGGAAAGACAGCUAGGCAAACUAAUAAUUAAGCAAGUUGGACCGCCUCUCCUUGAAGGAGAAAUGGUACAGGAUGAAGGGUAUUGUGAUUUAGAUUUCAGUAGUGAAAAAGAAGUUUUUCCCGAUAAAAGUCAUACACGAUCAGAAAGUGCAUCUAGUUCAAAUAGUGAUAAAAGUAGGAAGAAGUUGGAAAGUAUAGGAAGUGAAGACAGUAUUCCUUGUCCAGAGACCCCUAUAAGUUAUAUAAGUGAGGAAGGUGAUGAUAUACCAGUUCCAGAAACGCCUCUAAGCUACAUCUCUGAUGAUUCCACUAGCGGAAGUUCUGUAGGAAGCAAAGAGUUUGGGUCACCAUUUAAAUCACCACUGGCAGGCAGAGCUUCUAAUCCCACCAUGGGAAAAGUGGCAGGCUUCGGUUUAGCUUCAUUUGGUGUAGGUGGUGAAAGUUUGAGAAAAUCUUUGCCAACCCCGAGGUCUUAUGGAGGAAUUCAGCAGAACACAGCUCUUUCAAGGCAGAGCAGUGUACCUGUUGGUCCAUCUGCAAUAAGUCCUAGGUCCAGCACGGAUAUGCAGCAUGCUUAUAGGUCUAGAAAAGCUAGCGGGCCGGCAUGUCUGUCAACACAGACAAAACAAGGGAACGGUGCCUCUGGAAAUAGACUUUCAUCACAGGGCUGUCUUGAACCUGUUGCUGCAGGAUUAGAAUUACAUAAACAGAAAAGCAUGCCAUGUAUGAUAGUUCCACAAAAUUUAGACAAAAUUAAAGACAUUGAAACUCUAGAUCAUGUACAGAGUAGACACAGUUUUACAGACUUAUCAUCGUAUGAGGAGAUGAAUUUUCCUGCAAGUAGUUUAUCAGCAGGAAAUCAGAUCAAGUGUAGUUCACAGCAACAGCUUACAUCAGAUAGCGGUUCAAAUGAGUUGCAUUAUGCUGACCUUGACCUUAAAGGGUCUACAGAAAAUAUGGACAGUACCUCUCCACGUGUUGUCAAAAGCAGGCACCCCUCAUCAAUGGAUGAUGUUUCGAAAGAAAAUGUUCCGUAUGCUGAAAUAGAUCAUUUAAAAACAGAAAAGAUGAAAAAUUUAAAUGAUAAAGAUAAAGAUGUCAAAUUUUACGUUAAUUAAGGAUGUAACGCCUUUGUGUUAUUGUUCUUUGAACUUGCUUUUUGAAUAUGAAGUAUUCAGUUAAUAAGAUUUUGGACUGCCUACUGAAAUAUAUAUGCUGUGGAUCUGCAUAACUGUA